ACCGAACGUACGGAACUUGCGCUCCUGUCGCCGCACCACAACCGCCUUGCAACGUUCUACGUUAAACACCCAGUACUGAGAUUUAUGCGAUUGUUUAGCGAACUGGCAGUCUGUCACCUAACUACAAAACACGUCGAAGGUGUCUUCAAAGUGCCUGCUCACAGACUCAAGAAUGUCAGAGGGAAUCUCUGCUAGCAUAGCCACCAGCAGACUGCGAGCUGAGGGAAUGGGCUCCAACGACCACGCCGUACCCUUCCUUGAGCAGGACUAUGAGGCUUUGAGGCAGGAGUGUCUGGAGACGGGGUGUCUGUUCCAGGACCCCUCCUUCCUAGCCGAGCCUCCCUCUCUGGGCUUCAAGGAACUGGCCCCCUUCUCCGCCAAGACCAGGGACGUGGAAUGGAUGAGACCCACGGAGCUGACAGAUGACCCUCAGUUCAUCCUGGGAGGAGCUACCAGAACAGACAUCUGCCAGGGAGCUCUAGGUGAUUGCUGGCUCCUAGCAGCCAUAGCCUCUCUAACCCUCAAUGAGAGGCUGCUCCACCGAGUGGUCCCUCAUGGUCAGUCCUUCCAAGAAGACUAUGCUGGGAUCUUCCACUUUCAGUUCUGGCAGUUUGGUGAGUGGGUGGACGUGGUGAUUGACGACCGGCUGCCAACGAAGAAUGGAGAGAUCAUGUUCGUUCACUCAGCCGAGGGAAAUGAGUUCUGGAGCGCCCUGCUGGAGAAGGCUUACGCCAAGUUGAAUGGUUCCUACGAGGCUCUGUCUGGAGGCAGCACCACAGAAGGCUUUGAGGACUUCACCGGCGGUGUGUCUGAGAUGUACGAGCUCCGUAAGGCUCCACGGGACCUGUACAGGAUCAUCGGCAAAGCCCUGGACAGAGGCUCCUUGCUGGGCUGCUCCAUCGACAUCACCAGUGCCUUUGACAUGGAAUCUGUGACGUUCAAGAAACUGGUGAAAGGUCAUGCUUACUCAGUCACCGGCCUGAAGAAGGUGGACUACCAGGGUCAGGGGGAGAGGCUGAUCAGGGUGAGGAACCCCUGGGGACAGGUGGAGUGGACUGGCGCCUGGAGUGACAAUUCUCCUGAGUGGGAUGAGUUGGACCCAUCUGAGAGAGAGGACCUGCAUCUAAAGAUGGAGGACGGAGAGUUCUGGAUGUCGUUCCAGGAGUUCCUGAGGCAGUUUUCCCGCCUGGAGAUCUGCAACCUGACAGCGGACGCUCUCAGUGAGGACGGCCUCAGCCACUGGAACACCAUCAUGUUCCACGGCAUGUGGAGACGGGGGAGUACCGCCGGGGGCUGCCGUAACCACCCCAACACGUUCUGGAUCAACCCCCAGUAUAAGAUCACUCUGCUAGAGGAGGACGACGACCCCGAGGAUGAAGAGGUGGCUUGUAGCUUCCUGGUGGCUCUGAUGCAGAAGGACAGGAGGAGGUACCGGAAACAGGGUCAGGACAUGCACACCAUCGGGUUCGCCAUCUACGAGAUUCCAGAAGAGUACAGGGGCUGUCAGAACGUGCACUUAAAGAAGGACUUCUUCCUGACCCAUUCAUCCUGCGCUCGCUCGGAGACCUUCGUCAACCUGAGAGAGGUCAGCAACCGUCUCCGUCUGCCUCCAGGAGAAUACCUCAUCGUCCCCUCCACCUUCGAGUCUGGCCAGGAGGCCGACUUCGUCCUGCGAGUCUUCACUGAGAAACAGUCUGAGACAGAAGAGUUAGAUGAUGAAAUCUCAGCAGAUCUGGAAGAUGAGGAUGACAUCAGUGAAGAUGACGUCGAAGACUCAUUCAAAUCUAUGUUUUCUCAGCUGGCAGGAGAGGACAUGGAGAUUUCUGUCCGCGAGCUUAGGACCAUCCUGAACAGAGUAGUGACUAGACACGAAGACCUGAAGACAGACGGCUUCAGUAUGGAGUCCUGUAGGACCAUGGUCAGCCUCAUGGAUAAGGAUGGCACCGCCCGUCUCGGCCUGGUAGAGUUCCAGAUGCUCUGGAAUAAGAUCAGGAAGUGGCUGGUCAUCUAUAGAGAAUAUGACAUGGACAAGUCGGGAUCCAUGAGCUCCUAUGAGAUGCGACUUGCUGUGGAGUCGGCAGGUUUUAAACUGAACAACAGGCUGAAUCAGGUCCUGGUGGCUCGCUAUGCUGAGAACGAGGCCAUAGACUUUGACAACUUCAUCUGCUGUCUGGUGAAACUGGAAGCCAUGUUUAGAUCUUUCCAGCAGCUAGACAAAGAGGGAGAAGGAGUGGCUGAGAUGAACAUCGCUGAGUGGCUGUAUAUGACCAUGUGUGGUUGAAGAGAACCAGGCCGAACAGCCAACGUGCCCGGCAAGGUGCUUCUUCACUGGGCUCAUAUAGAUCUACUGUAGCCUCUUCCCCGAAUCCAUGAAGACCUUCCUAGCCUAUAUCUUCCCUGAAACCAUGAAGACCUUCCUAGCCUAUAUCUUCCUCUGCCUGAUCUGAACGAUAGGGCUGACCUAUACUGUACUGACUCAGAUAUUUUAUUUCCACAUUGUCCUUUCCAGCACGGUUCCAGCUACUAUGGUGAAAGAAUAACCAGCCCAGUUCAGUUCGAUUCAGUUCGGCUCAGUUUGGCCCUAUAGUGUGAAUCAGUUACACCAGCCAGCUACACUACAGCACAGCCCCUCACCCCCCCCCCCCCCCCAUCAGCCUGCCAGCUACACUACAGCAAGCCCCCUCACCCCCCCCCCCCCCUCAGCCUGCUAACUACACUACAGCAAGCCCCCUCACCCAACCCCCCUCAGCCUGCCAACUACAGUACAGCAACCCCCUCACCCCCCCACCUCAGCCUGCCAACUACAGUACAUCAAGCCCCCUCACCCACCCCCCCCCCCCCCUCAGCCUGCCGACUACACUACAGUAAGCCCCCUCACCCACCUCAGCUAACCCCAUAUAGCAGUGAGGAUCUUACUAGCCAUGUAAUGCAGGGCGAGACCCUCCCAACCACGCUAAAGACCACACCCCCAUGCUACGGGGUUACCUAUGCAAAAUUUUAGAAAUUUUUAAAAACAUUUUAUUCACUGUGGAAUUGUAGAUCUGUCUGUAAAUAAAAUGGGAUGUACGACACUAAUGAGCCCAUACUGGUAUCGCCCCGGCCCUACUAGAGCUGUCUGUGAACAGAAUGGGUCAGAGCACGAAGCAUCAGUAUGGCUGUGUGGAAACACGUUUUUUUUAAAUCACGUUAGUUGAACCGAAGAGGAUCAAGUCUGUUUUGUCUUUUGCUGUUUAGUGCCUCUAGUGAACUCUCUCAUCACCUGGUUGACCCACCGUGGGGUUAGUGGGGCGUUAUAGUGCAUCUGGUUGACCCACCGUGGGGUUAGUGGGGCGUUAUAGUGCAUCUGGUUGACCCACCGUGGGGUUAGUGGGGCGUUAUAGUGCAUCUGGUUGACCCACCGUGGGGUUAGUGGGGCGUUAUAGUGCAUCUGGUUGACCCACCGUGGGGUUAGUGGGGCGUUAUAGUGCAUCUGGUUGACCCACCGUGGGGUUAGUGGGGUGUUAUGGGAAUAUUUACAGAUAGUCCAUCUGGCUCACGCACUCACAGAGGUUCUGUUAAACACGUUGUCAGAUAUAUAUAUAUAUCUUACGAUUUUUUUAGGUUUAUUAUUUUGUGAGAUAUGUUAGGAAGGCUCUUGAUUAUCGCAGUGUUCUGGGUAAUAUCAUUUGUCUUUUAGCCACAGCUGAUAUUCGAGGACAUUAUUUGACUAUGCCCACUAGGUGGAAGUAUUGUAGAGUCUCAGUGUGGCGAUCAUGGUACUGCAGUUGUAGAAUGUUACUGUAUAUGAGGAAAUACAGUAUUUGAGUUAUUAAACUGAACAAAAGUAGAACUGACAAAUAACAAAUCAUAGUUUUUAUGGGUUUAAAACAUCUCGUAUUGGAUUAUAUUUUAGAUACUCAGACCACGUGGAUUGCAUUACAAUGCAGAUUAAAAGGGAUGGUUGAUCUAAUUUUCAUUGGGUAAAAUGUAUUUGAGCUGAUUGUAUUAAAGGGAUGGUUGAUCUAAUUUUCAUUGGGUAAAAUGUAUUUGAGCUGAUUGUAUUAAAGGGAUGGUUGAUCUAAUUUUCAUUGGGUAAAAUGUAUUUGAGCUGAUUGUAUUAAAGGGAUGGUUAAUCUAAUUUUCAUUGGGUAAAAUGUAUUUGAGCUGAUUGUAUUAAAGGGAUGGUUGAUCUAAUUUUCAUUGGGUAAAAUGUAUUUGAGCUGAUUGUAUUAAAGGGAUGGUUGAUCUAAUUUUCAUUGGGUAAAAUGUAUUUGAGUUGAUUGUAUUAAAGGGAUGGUUAAUCUAAUUUUCAUUGGGUAAAAUGUAUUUGAGCUGAUUGUAUUAAAGGGAUGGUUGAUCUAAUUUUCAUUGGGUAAAAUGUAUUUGAGCUGAUUGUAUUAAAGGGAUGGUUGAUCUAAUUUUCAUUGGGUAAAAUGUAUUUGAGCUGAUUGUAUUAAAGGGACGGUUAAUCUAAUUUUCAUUGGGUAAAAUGUAUUUGAGCUGAUUGUAUUAAAGGGACGGUUGAUCUAAUUUUCAUUGGGUAAAAUGUAUUUGAGCUGAUUGUAUUAAAGGGAUGGUUGAUCUAAUUUUCAUUGGGUAAAAUGUAUUUGAGCUGAUUGUAUUAAAGGGACGGUUAAUCUAAUUUUCAUUGGGUAAAAUGUAUUUGAGUGGAUUGUAUUAAAGGGAUGGUUGAUCUAAUUUUCAUUGGGUAAAAUGUAUUUGAGCUGAUUGUAUUAAAGGGACGGUUGAUCUAAUUUUCAUUGGGUAAAAUGUAUUUGAGUGGAUUGUAUUAAAGGGAUGGUUGAUCUAAUUUUCAUUGGGUAAAAUGUAUUUGAGCUGAUUGUAUUAAAGGGAUGGUUGAUCUAAUUUUCAUUGGGUAAAAUGUAUUUGAGCUGAUUGUAUUAAAGGGACGGUUAAUCUAAUUUUCAUUGGGUAAAAUGUAUUUGAGCUGAUUGUAUUAAAGGGAUGGUUAAUCAAAAUUUUCA